AUGCAUAUUAGUCCUUUGCUAUGCGAAAGUGUUACAGAUUUCAAUCCGAAAAGCAACGCAAGUGAUGAAGCUGCUUAUGGUUCUGAGAAAGUCAUGAAUGGAGAAGACAAUGAAAAUUCUUGUGAUGAGGCUGGUGAUGGUCGUGAUGAGGCUGAGAGUUCAGAUGAAGAGGAAGAUCCCAUAGUUGUUAGAGAUAGAAAAAUUAGGAUUGGAACAAAUGAUAAGUUAGCUAUUGGAAGAACAUUCUUAAGUGGGUUUGAGUUCAAAGAGGUUGUGUUACAUCAUGCUUUGAGGACAAGGGAAAACAUUAAGCAAAACAGAUGGGGGAAGGACAAAAUGAGCUUUGUAUGUGGUCAAGAUAAAAGUUGUGAUUGGAAAGUAUACGCCGCAUUCGACAAGACUCGGCAAUUGUGGGUUGUGAGGACUACUUGUGGUUAUCAUAGAUGUAAAUCGAACGGGAAAUGCAAGUUGUUGAAGAGUCCCGUCAUUGGAAGGCUAUUCUUGGAUAAACUGAGGUUGCAGCCUAACUAUAUGCCUCUUGAUAUUCAAAGGCAUAUUAAGGAGCAGUGGAACAUACUCAGUUCUAUAGGACAAGUUCAGAGAGGAAGACUUCUAGCUCUUAAGUGGCUUCAAGAAGAAUAUGCUCAGCAUUUUGCUCACCUUAGAGGCUGCCUAUUGACUGCUAUUGCUCAUGACGCAAACAAUCAGAUAUAUCCAAUUGCGUGGGCAGCUGUACAAACUGAAAAUGCUGAUAAUUGGUUGUGGUUUCUAAAACUACUAAAGGUUGAUUUAAAUCUAAAGGAUGGGCAGAAAUAUGUCAUCAUAUCAGACCGUUCUAAAGGAAUCAUAAGUUCAGUGAAAAAUGAGCUACCAAAUAUUGAGCACAGAAUGUGUGUCAAACAUAUUGUGGAUAACUUGAAGACUAGGCAUGGUGAUAAAGAUUUGCUAAAAAAGCUGGUGUGGAAUCUAGCUUGGAGUUACAACCAUGCUGAAUUUGAAGCAAAUCUGAACAAGAUUAGAGCAUAUGAUCGGUCUCUUUAUGAUGAUGUGAUGAAGGAGAAUCCAAGGAGUUGGUCAAGAGCUUAUUAUAGGAUAGGCAGUAGUUGUGAAGAUGUAGAUAACAAUGCCACAGAGUCCUUUAAUGCUACGAUUGUCAAGGUUUGUAAACAAGUAAAGAAACAAGACACGAGAGUUACGAUUUCCCAAGUCUUAGACCAGCCAAGGUACGUCUCGGUGAGCUUGACCGCUCACUAG